AAAUGCCUUAAAAAUUACUACAAAUGAAAGAUUGAAAAGUUAAAGAAAUUAGAUAUCCAUUUUCAUCGCCAGUGUAGAGUUUUUGGCUUCUGGUGAUUCGCCGUUUCCUCAAUACCGAGUCAACCCAACCCUCCCUCCUUCACAGAAAAACCCUAGAAUUCCACCCCAUUCAUUCCCACGUACAACAAUAUAUCCAUAUAAUAUUGAAUUUUCGUAGUCAAAUUCAUACAACUCUCAAUUGAUUCAUCCUCUUUUGAAUUUGAAUCUUUCCUAAAUUAAAAAAAUAAUAAACAAUUUUUCAUUUUCUGGGUAAUAUUGAAAAAUGGCAUCGGAGAUCGAGGUAGUGGAGGAGGCGGAAUCAAUUAACGUCGAAUCAACAUCCACGGCGGCGGUUAACGGCGGCGGAGGUGGAGGCGUUGAGGAUGAGAGUUUGAGGAACGAUGUGUAUACGGCGGCGGCGUAUGGGGAUAUGGAAAAGCUUCAGAGAUUGGUGGAAAGCGAGGGUUGUUCUGUAUCUGAGCCUGAUGGGCUCGGUUACUAUGCCCUUCAAUGGGCCGCUCUUAAUAAUCGGACUGCAGCUGCUCAAUAUAUCAUUGAGCAUGGAGGAGAUGUAAAUGCGGCAGAUCAUACGGGGCAAACAGCAUUGCACUGGAGUUCUGUUCGAGGUGCUGUGCAGGUUGCCGAGCUCUUACUCCAAGAGGGUGCUCGUGUAAAUGCAGCUGAUAUGUAUGGCUAUCAGGCGACGCAUGUUGCCGCACAAUAUGGUCAGACAGCUUUCCUCUAUUACAUUGUUACAAAGUGGAAUGCUGAUCCUGAUGUACCUGAUAGUGAUGGACGAAGCCCUUUACACUGGGCUGCAUACAAGGGUUUUGCUGACUGUAUACGUCUUUUACUCUUUCUUGAUGCAUAUCGUGGGCGGCAGGAUAAAGAGGGUUGUACGCCACUUCAUUGGGCUGCUAUUAGGGGUAACCUAGAAGCAUGUACGGUGUUGGUGCAGGCUGGGAAGAAGGAAGACCUGACAGUGACAGAUAACACAGGCCUUACACCUGCUCAGCUUGCUUCUGACAAGAAUCAUAGACAAGUUGCUUUUUUCCUUGGAAACGCGAGGCGGUUGUAUGACAAACGCUGUGAUGGAAGUACCCGACUUGGCAAACUUUCUAAGCUUGGACUUGCUCCUGUUCUUUGUUGUACAAUAUUUCUUCUACUUACCACUUACAUUCAUGCAGUAAUCACGGCUUCAACGCUGCCAAGAUUAACUGCUGCUGGCGCCCUAUUUGCAUGGUCAGGAGUCCUCCUUGCUACAGUUGGACUAGUUAUGUUUUAUCGGUGCAGCAGAAAAGAUCCAGGUUACAUCAGCAGGAGUCAACAUGAUUCACAAAAUACCAAAGAUGAUGAACCUCUGCUGAAAAUGGAGAUAAAUCAUCCUGCUUUGCUUGCUGGGAAUUGGUCUCAGCUUUGUUCCACUUGCAAGAUUGUUCGUCCUCUUCGUGCAAAGCACUGUUCAACCUGUGAUCGCUGUGUGGAACAGUUUGACCAUCAUUGUCCUUGGGUGUCUAAUUGCAUAGGCAAGAAAAACAAGUGGGACUUCUUCACCUUUCUUGUUCUCGAAGUAUUGGCAAUGGUAUUGACUGGUGCAGUUACUCUUACAAGAGUCUUGACUGAUCCAGCAGCUCCGUCUUCUUUUGGGGCUUGGUUAAAUCAUGCUGGAACUCACCAUAUUGGUGCUUUAGCAUUCUUGUUUGCGGACUUUUUCCUCUUCGUUGGUGUGGCAGUCUUAACUGGGGUACAAGCUUCGCAGAUUUCACACAACAUUACAACAAAUGAAAUGGCCAAUAUGAUGCGUUACAGUUACCUUAGAGGACCAGGUGGUCGAUUCCGGAAUCCAUAUGAUCAUGGUUGUAAGAAGAACUGUUCAGAUUUCUUGAUAAAUGGUUACAACGAAGAUGUCGAGUACAUUGAGGAAUCGGUUGAGUCCGAGGGGAUUGGAAUGAUGCAAAUUCCUCGCAGUUCAAGUCUGCAAAAUGGUGGCAGCCAUUCUAAUCAGAUAAAUGGAAAUGGUCAUCAUGUUAUCAAUAUGAACAAUAACCAGAACUCACACCAGGGUCAUGUUCAUUCUGCUCAUUGUUCUCAUAAUGUGAAGAGCAAAACUGAUUCGGUACCGGUUGGUUUGGGUGUUGGCUUAGGAAGAAAUGCUGCGCGCACUGCAAUAUCUUCAUAACUAGUGCCACAGCUCAUGGGUUUAGAAUCCCCUCCUUUUUGACCUUUUUUUGAUUGUUUAUAAGCACAGUGAUUUACAGCUUGAGUUAUUCAAUUGGUUUACUAUUUUUUCCUCUUUCAUCUUGGUGCAAGUAACUCACUUCUGUCUAGUAAAUCCUCCAUUAUGCUAUGCAACCUCUUCAGUUGAUAGUACUUUGUACAAAGUUGUAAUUCUUUUGCAGAAGCAUAAAUGCUACUGAAUUUGCAGCUCUUAGUAAUUAA